AUGCGCCUCACGCCUACCAUCCUCUUCGUCUCUAUCCUCCUCACCAUCGAAAGUCUUGUCGGUGCUGUAGCGAUUCAUAACCGCGAGGUGUACAAAAGGGCGCCCAGAGCAGAAUACGAAAUAGUUGCCUACCAAGAUAUGUACUGUGCUGGUCUUAAAUUGGGAACCAUGAAAGGUACUGGCUCAAAUUCCCUAUUAUCCACCAAGGGUGCGAACUGUGCGCUGGUCAAGGAGGCUUUAUCUGCAGCCUUCAUACUCAUACUUCAUGGAAAAAAUGGAGACAAGGAAUACCCAGGCCCGUUAAAAAAAGGAGCUGAAAUUGAAGAAAGCUUCAAUAGCAUGUCUGUUUACGCCUCCAAUAGCGUUGCACAGAAACUUGCGUCUGGCAUUUUCCAGGAUUAG